AUGCGAGUGGCAACUGGGCCCGAGCUGCAGAGCGAGAACCUGGCACAAGUGUGCCUUUCGUUCCUUUUCAAACCGAUGUUGCCGGACGGCAAAGUGGAGACCUUGGUCUAUGACGUGAAAGCCAUGCUGUCUGCCUUGAGGAAACUGAGAAGGUCCUGGAAGUUCUUGGCUGGUCGGGGCACCGGUGGUGGCAAUAAAUGGCCCGGUGUUUCUGAACGUCUCGAUCGACGAACCGAAACAUGGGAUGUUCGGAUGAUGCCACGCCGACUUGCUCAGGUCAGCGGCAUUUCACAACUGAGGUUCGCAUACCCGGCGGAAGAGAACUUCGCUGGACAGAUCUUCCCCCUUCGCUGGGCCGCGAAGAUCGGCUCGAGAGCGGGCAAUCUCAGGACGUGGCGCGUUCUUCUUGAUGCCGCCAAGUUUACUGCCAGCCAUCCAUUGAACUUGACAGAGGCCCAAGCUGACUUCGUGACGCUCUCCUUCUACAAGCUCUUCGGCUAUCCAACCGGCGUCGGUGCACUCAUCAUCCGCACUCAGACUGCCUUCGAGCUGAAGAAGCACUACUGGGGAGGCGGCUCCGUGUCCUUGGCCGGCGCCGGGCGCACAGACAGUGACGACCUGAAGGUGUAG